UUGGAUCAACAAAAUUUAGCGCAUAUCAAAGAGAUAUGUGCAGUCAUGGCGACAGAACUCGGUGAACCGGAUGUGGCGAUCGGGAUUACAUACAUAUCGAUUGGACUCCUUUAUGUGAUCCUGUACGUGCCAUGCAUGUUUGGUAUUUUGCAUCCGUCUAAUUUCAAACAUCCAUGUUAUAAAAUAAUGGCUGUGAUGGGCGUAAUCGAUAUAUUGACACUCACAAUCGGUAUCAUAUCGGGUUACUUCUCGUUGGUUGGUGGAUCUGUCUGUAAUUCGACGACAUUUAUGAUUAUUUGUGGCAAUUGUGUUAUGGGUUUCUGGUCAACAUAUUGUGGUGUUUCCAUCUAUCUUGGAAUUAAUCGUUGCGGUGACGUGUAUGGAUCGCCGCUCAUGGACGUGCUAUUCAAAGGAUAUCGAACAUGGUUAUUUAUGCUCAUUCCAUUAUCAUUAGGCUUAUCAGUUAUGUUAUUUGGUCCAACAAUGUAUUACAAUGGUAAUCGUGGUACAUGGUUUUUCGAUGCUGAUAUCAAUGACUCUCAUGUACGUGUCUUCUGUGAACAGAAACUAAGAUACCCGUUUUAUAACGUUGCUGCACCUGUAACCAUUGGCGGUGAUACGCUAUAA